AACAAGAAGUGGAGUAGAGUGGUAUAGCCUUUGAGAAGAUGAAUAAUCUUAGAAUUCUUAUUAUUCGAAAGGCCCAAUUUUCAACUGGCCCUAAAUAUCUUCCUAAUAGUUUAAGACGGCUUGAAUGGGACGGAUAUCCUUCUACAGAAUUACCGCCAAAUUUUUCUCCAAACAAAUUAGUUGUCUUCAAGUUAUGUUACAGUCCUUUCAGGUUGGAAGAGCCAUUCAAGAGAUUUGAAUAUUUGACACGUCUGAAUUUCUCCCAUUGUGAAUUCAUAACUGAAGUGCCCGAUAUGUCUCAAUUCCAAAGUCUAAGGAGACUGCUGUUUAAAGGUUGUUACAAUCUGAUCAAAGUUCAUGAUUCGGUGGGAUUUCUCGCUAAGCUGGUUCAAUUAGAUCUGCAAGAGGCUGAGAGAUAUAUACCCCACUUACCAUCAAAUUUGCAGAAAAUUGGGGCAGAGAAUUGCAUCUCAUUAACUACAAAGUCAUUAGGCCAUUUAUGGUCUCAAGUUUUGCAGCCAAAAAACAUGGAGAAUAUCGAAUUCAACUCUCCUUUGGUUUCCAUGAAUGCUCCUACAACAACUUCACUGAAACGAAGAGCCAUAACUUCUCCUCCUAAUGAACCUGACAAGAAGUUCCUGAGAAAGUUAAAGGUUGCUGAUAAAGGAAAACUCGAUAAAACAAAGAAAGCUUCAAGAAUCAAAUAUCAAUCUAUAGCAAUCGGUAGGGUUUAUCGCAGCCUUGGCGAUUCAAGUUUCAGCACAAUCAUCCCAUGGCGUAAGGGAAUCAACGCCUUCAUAGAUGACAAGAAGCUCGGGAAAGCGGAACGGAUCUCACCGACGCUUCUUAAAGCCAUCGAAAAAUCGAGGAUUUCGAUUAUUGUGUUCUCUAUGAACUACGCUACUUCCACAUGUUGCCUAGAUGAACUUGCUCACAUCAUUCGGUGUAAGGCGGAGAAGAACCAGAUGGUUAUGCCCAUUUUCUACAAGGUGGAUCCGAUGGAUGUCCAGUAUCAGAGGAAUAGCUUUGGUGAAGCCAUGGCUGCUCAUGAAGUUAGGUUCGGAAAUGACUUGGAGAAAGUGCGAAUAUGGUGUCUGAAGCUGCUAGUUUGUCAUCGGUAUGGCUUUUCAAAUAUGGAUAUGAAUCGGAUGCAUAUUCUAGCUAGGCUGCCUCCUAAACGGCUCCAUAACAUUGCUAGGCUGCCUCCUAAACGGCUCCAUAACAUUGAUUACAUGGUUGGACUUGAGCCCCGUUUUGAAGAAUUGAUGUCGCUUCUGGGUGAAAGUGAUUAUAGCGUUUGUAUGUUGGGGAUUCAUGGAACUGGUGGGAUUGGCAAGACAACCCUUGCAAAAGCCUUCCUAAGGAGAUUGUCUUUUAACGACUGUUACAAUUUGAUCAAAAUUCAUGAUUCAGUGGGGUCUCUCUCAAAGUUGGUUGCAUUAAAUGUUGGUGGAUGCAUCAAACUUACAAGCUUUCCACGUGAAAUCAAUAUGCCAUUUCUUCAAGAUAUUAUGCUGAGUCAUUGCAAGAGUCUUGACUACUUCCCACAUAUAGUGGGAACGAUGCAUGCAUUAAGUUAUGUUUGGGCUGAUGACACUUCUAUUAAGGAGCUCCCACCUUCCUUUGAAAAUCUUACUGGGCUUGAAUCUUUGAAGAAAUUAACGCAAGAGAGCGAACAAGUUAUUAGCUGCGCAAACAUGGAGUUCUUGAUGCUCGAAAAUUGUUCUCUAUUGGAUGAAGAUAUCCACCUAGCUCUGAAUCUUUUCCCGAAUCUGGUACAGUUAUAUCUAUCAGGGAACGAAUUUGUGUCCCUUCCUGAGUGCCUUAAAGAUUGUGGUAGGUUGGUGAAAUCGGUUGUGACUAACUGCAAUAGGCUGAGAGAUAUGCCAGAGUUACCAUCAAAUAUGCCGGAAGUAGAGCCAGAGAAUUGCGUUUCAUUAACUGCAAAGUCAUUAGGGCAUUUAUGGACCGGAGGAGUAUUUUAUUGGAAUGAUGUGGAGAUACAAGUCCCUUGUUUAAACCCAGAUAUACCUGUGGUUAAGUGUGGAGUUUAUGUGUACCGACAGCAAACAAACAUAGAGAAUAUCCAAUUCAAGUCCCCUGUUAUGCUUACCACGAAUGAUUCAACAACUUCACUGGAACAAAGAGCCAUGUCUUCUCAUCCUAGUGAACCCGACAAGAAGUUUCUGAGAAACUUAAAGGUUGCUGAUAAAGGAAAACUCGAUAAAACAAAGAAAGCUUCAAGGAGAAAUAAACGACACCAAUUUUUUCAUUCUCGUUGCAAGAGAAGAAGGAUGGUUUUUCCAAUGGGGCCUGGUCCCAUAGCAGAGUGCUUUCAGCUCGUCCGGCUUGGACAUAGUCGACUCCGAACUUUGGCACACUUGGAAACAUCUCCCUGGAUUAGCCUGAUUUUAGCUAUAGUCCUGACUGGAAAUCCAUAUUCUGGAGCAACAUGGAAAAACUUGAUAACCUUAAGACUCCUAGGAGCCCCAUAUUCUCUUGCUGCUUUCUUGAUUAAUGGAUUUAAUCUUUGA